AAGACAAGUCUCCGUUUCUCCUGGUCGCAAGGUGCCCCAUGGCUUUCUUGAUGAAGAAGAAGAAAUUCAAGUUUCAGAUCAGCUUCACCUUGGAAGAGCUGACGGCCGUGCCUUUUGUGAACGGCAUGCUGUUCUGCAAAAUUCGACUGUUGGACGGCGGCGACUUUGUCACCUUGUCUUCCAGGGAAGAAGUUCAAGAGAACUGCGUGCGUUGGAAGAAGAAAUUCCCCUUCAUCUGCAAGAUGAGCGCUAAUCCCACCACGGGGCUCCUGGACCCCUGCAUUUGCCGAGUGUCGGUCCGGAAACUCGGCUUCACCGACUUAAACUUGGCUGAAUUCGCAGGCUCUGGCCUCACCGCCCGAUGUUGCCUAUUGGAAGGAUACGACACCAAGAACACCAGGCAGGACAAUUCCAUCUUGAAGGUCACGAUUGGCAUGACCCUCUUAUCCGGAGACCCUUGUUUCAAAACCCCGCCCUCCACCGCCAAAUCCGUGGUCAUCCCAGCACAAGACUCGAGCCUGCAUCUCAACUGCAAAGGGGAGGGAAACAGCCGGACUGUGACCCCCAGCACCAACGCAGCAUCUUCAAUCGGUUCUGUCCGUCAGAACAAGCCCAGGGCCACCAUCCUGGGGUCAGGGGUUUUGGAAGAACCGGACCAGAACUUAUCAAGUCCAGAAGAAGUGUUCCAUUCUGGACACUCGCGAAAUUCAAGCUAUGCCAGCCAGCAAUCCAAAAUCUCCGGAUACAGCACCGAGCACUCCAGAUCGUCCAGCCUGUCGGACCUGACCCACCGCCGGAACACGUCCACCAGCAGCAGCGCCUCGGGAGGUCUCAGCAUGACGGUCGAAUGCCCGGAGGGCGAACGGGAACACAGGUUGGAGAAGCCCCCGAGACCCCCCAGACCCAACCUUUUGUCGGACAGAUCUUCUCGGAGGAAAAAGGAUUCUGUAGAAAGCCAUCCCACCUGGGUGGACGACACUCGGAUCGACGCAGGUGACAUCGUGGAGAAGAUCAUGCAAAGUCAGGAUUUCACCAACGUCAGCAACACUGAAGAUAGUAACCUGAGGCUGUUUGUGAGCCGAGAUGGCACAACUACGCUAAGUGGGAUUCAGCUAGCAAACAGAGUCUCGUCCGGAGUCUACGAGCCCGUGGUCAUUGAAACCCAUUAAAUGUGAACUAGAUGGGUACCCCAGACGGGAACCUGUCCCGGCAGGUUGUCCUUUCCUCCCCA